GCUCUGUGACCUAGGCCUGCAGCCCUCCUUUCUGGUGGGCUAGGGAACUGUCUGGGCUGACUUGACUGAGAGAAACCAUGUGAUUCAGAUGUUAGACAAUCUUAUCUCUCUUCUGAAGAGCUUUUGUGCCACAUGGCUAAGCCUCAGCUCCACCCCUUGGGCUACGGAUAUGAUCCUGGCCUUUGUGGGUGGACUGGGGUUCUCCCUCGUGUUAUUGCCCUUCCUUCCGGAUAAUCCAUUCCUGCCACCUCCACCACUAAGGAAGAAGAAAAGGUGUAGAAAGUACCACAUGGUGAAGAAGGAUUGGAGUAGGAUCCGAAAAACGAGCUGCGCUCUGAGAGCUCGCAGAGACUGCUUAAAGGAGGCAGAAGGGAUUAACGACCUGGCUUCAUUUCUGGGAAGCCACCUGGGGAAUCUCUUACAUGGUAGCAGAUUCAAUCACUUCUCAAGAGAAGAUGCCCCUGGUGAGAAGUUCCAACCGUUAUCUGCUAGAGCUGACCGAGCAAGUAGGCAGCCUUUGGAGGACCUGUUUGUCACCGCUUCAUCCUCACUGGUUUCCCAGGCUCCUUCAUCUGAGCACCUCCCAUCUCCACCCUCUAUGUUGUCACCAGGUCUGAAGACUUUCACAGUUUCUCUAGGGUCACAGUCCUCCGUGAGGGCCUCUUCACCACCAGAGCCUUCAGGUCCUCUAAGAUGCCCGUCACCCCAGCCAUUUUCACUUUCCUCUUCCCCAUUGCAUUCUCCUGGCCCCAUGGCCUCCCCACCACCUCUGCCUGACCCCAGCCUGGCUCUUCCUCAGCAGGAUUCAUCACUCCUCCCACUGGGGACCAUCCCAAGAAGCUCCUCUCCACCCAUUGAGUGCUUGUUGCCUUCUCCUGUCCCAGCAAUUUCAAUUCUUGGUCACUCAGUCUGUGCCAUCUCAGCCCUACCUCAGUGUCAGGAGCCUCCCACAGCUGUAUCCCACUCCACCUUAUCAAACAGUGAAGCCCAGAGAAGUCACUUUAUUGGCCAAGUGCCCCAGGCCUCAUUCCUGGCAGACACUGCCCUGACACAGGUGGAGAAUGGUAGUUCCCAUUUCCUCAGUCCUGAUGUCCAGAAGGUGCUGGAAAUACUCAUCACCAAGAAAGUGGAACUGAAGAUCCAUAAGAACACUAAAGGGGAGGGACAACACAGCCCCCUGUAUUCUCUGGGGAAUAUGUUAAAAUCCCCGGGCAAAAAACACGACCCUAUCGUGUCACGUUUAUGGAAAACAAAAGAAGCAGAGCAUCUUCCUGCUGUACCACAGCUCCACUUCCCAAAGACCUUGGGGGAACACAUGCAACAAAAAGGGAGCCAGUGUUUCUGGGGCCUCCCAGGUCUACACAGCGAGUCCCUGGUGGAUAACACCAGAGUGCCUGAUGCCUCACUAGAGUUUUCUACCAUUUUAUUCAAUGGACUCUGUAAUUAUGUCCCGGCACGAAUUCAGUCCAAUGUUUGUCCACAACUCUUUCCCACUCCACCCUUGGCCAAUGAUGUGGCCCAGCCCCACAAAUUUACUCCAGCUCUGCCUCCAUCCCAACCCCCAUCUGUGUCUCAGAAACAGACCCAGGAGCAUGCUCCAUCUCUCCCAGCUGGUCCUUGCCAUUCACCUCAAGCCAGGGCUUGGGAAGUUUCUAGUCUUAAAGAUCAGAAGGGGAAGCAAUAUCCUAUAUCACGUACUGUUCAACACCUACAACGUGAAUAUUUGAAGGAGCCAGAGGAAAAGAGAGGGUUUCCUCCUGUGGUCAAAAAACCUCAAAAAGUCUUUAGCCAGCCUGCUGAGAAACAUGGGGCCAUCCAGAAAAACAAGUCCCCUGGCAAGCUCCCAGUGGAUGUUAUCUAUUUUAAGGUCCGGGAACAACUGGAGGAGCAUCUUCAAAUAAGAUUGAUGUGUGGGCUGCCCCAGAAGGUUCACCUACCUCUGAACAAGGAAAAAGACCCAGGAAACAGGCAGGCAAAGGAAAAUUGUGGACUUUCCCAGACUUCAGUGAUUUCAGACAAAAGCAUUCAGGUCAUACAAAAGACCAUGUCAGAGUUCCCAGAAAUAUCCCAGACAGGGAAACACUCAAUCAGUGACCUGGAGGAGGCCCCAAAAGAGUUAUUCAAGGAUCCAGAAAUCUCAAUGGUGAAUGUCUUAGAGCCCAUUUGCGACCCAGCAUCACCCAGCAAGGGGUUAAGACUUAUAAGAAGUGAUUCAGGCAAUGAUCCAGCCAUCAGUCCAGACAAGAAGAACCUAGAAGACAGUGAGAGCAUCUGUCCAAGUGGGAAGGUUGAACAGACAGGGGGAGGAAUUCCUGUGGGUAAUGGUCAUUUCACCCUUACUGUGGACCAUGCCUGUGACCAUCCUCCAAACUCAAACAUCCCCGUGGAACCUCAGGAUGAACCAUCCCUGCAGGGUCAGGAGUAUGGCAGGAACACCCAGAACCUCUCUGUCCUUGAUCCUGGGACUCAGCAGAGGCUGGAAGCACAUCUGAAAAGGUUCUGUAUGAGACACAGGUGGGGCCUAGCCUUCAAGGUCAUCAGGGCCAUAAGUAUUUUGAAACGGACAAAGGCUCAUACCUCAUUGCUUCCACAGCCUGCUGCUUCCUCCUCAGCCUCCCAUGGCUCUAAGGCUGUCUCUACCCACCAGGAUAGCAAUUUGCAGGAACAACCAUCUCAGAGUAUUCCAGGAGAGAAGGUAAAAGCAAUUAUAUCAGUUCUCAAAAUGCAGGGUCCUGUCACUAGUCACUCAUUCAAAUCCUCAAUGAAGAGUCUAUCUGGUGACUGUGGGUCUACAGAAGCUCCAACAACUGGACAAGAGACCAGCCUCACUGCUCUGCCCCAUACAUACUGUCCUAAGAGUACAGCCUGGCAUCCUGAUACUGUCUCAAGGCCAGGGAGAGGUAGCAUUGGUCCAAGUCCAAUAUCAGUAAUGGACAAAUAUCAGCCUCAGGAGGGAGGAGGUAUGAUCUCAAGUGAACCUUCGCAUCAAGUGUUGACAGGGGAGAUGAAUGUAGAAUCUCCAUGUGCAAGGGACAGAGACAUCCAGAAGAUCAUGGAGACAAAGGCGAAGAAACCCUUGGAGUGGGCAGUUACCAAGGGAGCCAGUGUGAUGUUACCAUCCCCAAAUCUUAAUGUGAAUCCAAGGAAUUUAAACUCUCUGGGGUCCAAUAAAAACCUUCUCUCCCCCAGAAUCUGUACUGUGCAGGAGCCAGGAGUCUCCUCCUUGGGUUCACAGACAGUGUCGAAAAAGAAGAGUCAGGAUUCAGCCACCAGAGUCGUCCUGCAAGACUUUGCCACUGGCAAGGUCCUUCAAGCCACUGCCUCAGAGAUGCCCCGCCCCAAAGACAUCCUGGCUUCUCAGGCCCGUCUGGCCAAUACCCGAGGUGCAUCCUCUAGCAGCACAUCAUCUUCCCAACGGAUAGUUGGCCCCUUAAUACAGGGCAGAAUUAGCCAGGGUCAAAAGGAGCCCGGGAUCUCAAAACUCCAGGAUCCACAGGAGAUCAAGAGCAACAAGUUUUGUCCAUCUGAGAGUGGAGGGGGCUUUGUGAGCCCCAAUAAAAUGGUCACUAGUCGCCCAUCACCUUCCCAAGGGCUAUGUGAUCACUCAGGGAGGGACACGGUGGGCCAGGAACAGAAGGCGCUCAGGGUGCCCAAAUCCCAGGAGCCCAGGAUGAGCAAGAGCCAUGUCUUUGCUCCACCUGAGAAGAAAGGGAGCUUUGAGAGGCCCAAAUCAGGAGGGAAGGAAGAGCAACGUGCAGGAAAGAGGAGCAUUGGAGGGCUGACGCCCCCUCCUCAGGUCAGGGAGGCUAGAGGCAGCACAGGACACAAGGCUCUGCUCCAGUCAGAGAAGAAAACGUCACCUUCAGAAGCCACCAUUGGGACCCGAGUCAGGAGCUGUCUGCAAAAUAUACUGCCCAAGAACAACAGAGUGGGGGCAGAGUUUCUGCAGAAAGCCAAGCCCCCAUUAACUGUGACCCAAAGUCAAGAGUUGGCCACAAACAGCAAUGUCUUUAUAGACAGAGGGAGCAUGGAAACCCAGGUGCUCAUGAGCACUGUUGGACGGAUCCUAAAGGAAAAAAUGAGGCUACACCAUGAAUUUUCUUCCUCAAAAAAUUUUCAGAAAGGGGGACCCCAGGUAGAUAGGUGGUCCUCCUGCCACAAAAAAGCUUCCUCACCACAGCAAAAGAGAAUCGUGAGCAAUAUGACCUGUAGUCCGCAGGCCGAGCCUCAGCACCCCAGCCAUGUGACGAAUAGAAGCCUGAGCAGAGAUAGGGCAAACAAUCCUGCCUUCCCACCCAGGGAGCCUGGGCCCCUACCCAGUCAGUUCCACAAGAAGCCCAUGGGGGCUGGAGCCUCAGAGCACUGCCCCAGGCACUGUGCCCUUCAGAGAACUGUGUUCCCCAAUCAGUCACAUAAUACUUCCCACAUCAGUCCUGGGGAAAAAUCUUUGCUGAGCAAACCUGUUCUGUCUCAUACAGGCAGGUCUUGUGUGGGCUAAGAUCGUCUUUCUACAGAGAUGUCUGUUGAUUCCCAAUAAAUGACUUUU